UCCGGGGGUGGGUGUGCAAGGGGAAGGACUCCUGUCCGGAUCUCUAAAGGGACCGCUCUGCUCCGCGUCUCGUUAGUUCCGGAGGUCUCUGCGUCCGUGGGAAAUGCUGGCCCGCGCGGCGCGGGAGACUGCGGGCCUUUUAUUAAGGGGCUCCGUGCGGGCUCCCACCCGCGUUCCGCGGCGUGCCUCCUCAGGAUUGCCCCGAAACACCGUGGUACUGUUUGUGCCGCAGCAGGAGGCCUGGGUGGUGGAGCGAAUGGGCCGAUUCCACCGGAUCCUGGAGCCUGGCUUGAACAUCCUCGUCCCUGUGUUAGACCGGAUCCGAUAUGUGCAGAGUCUCAAGGAGAUUGUCAUCAACGUGCCUGAGCAGUCAGCCGUAACUCUUGACAACGUGACUCUGCAGAUUGAUGGAGUCCUUUACUUGCGCAUCAUGGACCCUUACAAGGCAAGUUACGGCGUGGAAGACCCCGAGUAUGCUGUCACCCAGCUAGCACAGACAACCAUGAGAUCAGAACUUGGCAAACUCUCCCUGGACAAAGUCUUUCGGGAGCGAGAGUCCCUGAAUGCCAGCAUUGUGGAUGCUAUCAACCAGGCUGCCGACUGCUGGGGCAUUCGCUGCCUCCGUUAUGAAAUCAAGGAUAUCCAUGUGCCACCCCGUGUGAAAGAGUCAAUGCAGAUGCAGGUGGAGGCAGAGCGGCGGAAACGGGCCACAGUUCUAGAAUCUGAGGGGACUCGAGAAUCAGCCAUCAAUGUGGCAGAGGGGAAGAAGCAAGCCCAGAUCCUGGCUUCUGAAGCAGAAAAAGCUGAGCAGAUAAAUCAAGCAGCAGGGGAGGCCAGUGCCGUUUUGGCCAAGGCCAAGGCUAAGGCUGAAGCUAUUCGCAUCUUGGCUGCAGCUCUGACGCAACAUAAUGGAGAUGCAGCAGCCUCACUUACUGUGGCUGAGCAGUACGUCAGCGCCUUCUCCAAACUGGCUAAGGACUCCAACACUAUCCUGCUGCCUUCCAAUCCUGGAGAUGUUACCAGUAUGGUGGCCCAGGCUAUGGGAGUUUAUGGAGCACUAACCAAGGCGCCAGGGCCCCAGGAUCCAGUUGCCAGUGGAAGGAGAGAUGUUCAGCAAACAGAUGCAAAUCUUGAUGAAGAGCUUGAGCGAGUCAAGCUGAGUUAG